GCGAUGGGCAACAAAGUUGUAACAUUCACCGAACAUCAACUGGAUGACUAUCAGGAUUGCACGUUUUUCACACGCAAGGAAAUUCUACGGGUGCACAAACGAUUUCGGGAGCUGCGUCCGGAUUUGGUGCCACGCCAAAUGACCGAGGGUCAGGCAUCAAGUGUCAAGGUUCCACGCGAGUGCAUUGAGAAGAUGCCCGAGUUGCGUGAGAAUCCCUUUCGGCGACGUAUCUGCGAGGCAUUCUCACGCGAUGGCCUGGGCAAUUUAUCCUUUGAGGACUUCUUGGAUGCCCUAUCCGUGUUUAGCGAGCAGGCACCCAGAGACAUUAAAGUUUUCUAUGCUUUCAAGAUUUAUGAUUUCGAUCAGGACGGCUUCAUUGGGCACGCUGACCUGAUGUCCUGCCUGACGACAAUGACCAAAAACGAGCUGAGUCCGGAGGAGCACCAACAGAUUGCUGACAAGGUAAUCGAGGAAGCCGACGUCGACGGCGAUGGCAAACUAUCAAUUCUGGAGUUCGAGCAUGUCAUACUGCGUGCCCCCGACUUUCUAUCCACUUUUCACAUUCGCAUAUAGAUCCAUCCACAUACAUCUUUUUAUCUCUCUACAUAUGUAUAUAAAUUUGUGUUGUUUUAUUAUUGAAUUUCCGUUACACUCGGCUGCUGUUG